AUGGCGAGCAAUCAGAUGAUUGGUAGCGAUAGUCCGCGGCGUUGCAAAAGGGCCCGAACCGACCCCACGGACACCGCCCGACCCCCGCACUCACCGCCCGACCAACGCCUGUGCGCCGAGCCGUCGGACGGACACCGAAUGGCCGACCGAUUGGACAGAAUGGUCUCGUCUUCAAGCGAUGCCGAGAUAAUGAGUGAUUCGGGCUUUGAUUCCGGUUUCCAAGAGUUUGUGGCAAACAUUGAUCCGAAAGAAAGCGAUUCGACGAAUGAU